UUUGUUCCCUUUCUCUCUCUUCCCGUAGCCGGCCUGUCUUAAUUUAAUUCAUUUCCACUUCUUCUUUUGCUCUUUAACAAUUCAAUCUCAAAUCUAAAUUUAGGAUUGAAAAUUUCCCAACUUUUUGGUGUUUUUUUUUCUUUUAAAGGGAUAUAAUCAUUUGGAUACUAAUUGAAGCACCUGAUCUUGUUGAGGUGGAAAUAAUAAAGUUAUUUCCCUUUGUUUUUUGAGCUUUUAUGAGGUGGGUUUGGUCUGGAUUUGGAGUUUAGGGUUGAAGGAAAAAUUUAUUUAUUGGGUUCUUUUGGAGUUAAGUUUCAGGGUUUGAUUUGAAAUGGUAUAUUUCCAUAGAUCAAUCUCCGUCUGCAAUUCGGUUGACCAGGCUUCUCCAAUGGCAAAUUCUGGGAAUUCAAGUGAUCUCAUGAUGAACCCCAAAUCAGCGUCAUCAAAGGGCAAUUUUUGUAAGAAACAAAAGGUAUUCAAUCCGCCACAAAAGGUAUUCAAUCCACCAAGUUGUUUAAAAAUCCCCUCUUGUGAAAGAUCAAGAUCUGCCGCCGUUGAUGUUGUAAUCUUAAUUGCUGUGAUUGCUGCUUUUGGAAUCUUAUUGUUUCCAACUAUAAAAUGCAUAUCUUUGAAAGUGAUUGAAUUCAUCGAAGCUGCAUAUGAUUUGGUUAGAGAUGAAAUGAUGAUAUCUCCAAUGAUAUACGGAUCCAUAGGACUUGGUUUUUCUUGUUCUGCAAUAGCUGCUUGGAUUUUGCUUCUUUGUACAACUAGGAAAUGUGGGAACCCUCACUGUAAAGGGCUCAAUAAGGCCACCGAAUUCGAUAUUCAGUUGGAAACCGAGGAGUGUGUUAAGAACUUGAGCCCUACGGUUAAAGAUGGUGUUUCCAAAGGACUUCUCCAAUUGCUGCACAAUCAUCACAAGGAAUUGGAAGCCGAGCUAAAGAGGCUGGCACCGGUUAAUGGAAGAGCAGUGCUUGUGUUUCGAGCUAAAUGUGGAUGUUCCGUUGGCAGAUUGGAGGUUCCGGGACUGAAGAAGCAAAGAAAGAUCAAGAAAUAGGGUUUAAGGAUACGAUUAGAUAGAUGAAUUUUAAAGCAAAUACAGAAACUAGCUCGUAAUGCUGAGAGGAGUUUGAGUGCCUUCUCAAGCUAUGUUGUCUUUAAAUAAGCUUCUCAUAGCAAUAAGUUGUAAGGAUUAUAUACAGUCGGGUUAUUAGCGGAGAAAAUAAUAACCCUUUAGUUUAUUUUAUAGCUAUUUUAGGGAAAUUUAUGUUGUAAAGCUUAUGUGUUUGCGUUCUUAGUUUUGCAAUUUAUUUUUGUGUAGCUAUAAAUCAUUGAAAUUUGAAACCUUUAAGGCAUUAGAUAA